UUUUUUUAAUGACUGAAAAUGAGUAUUAGUGCGGCUCGUUUGGCGCUCUGGAUUUUUUUGUGGGUUCCCAUCAGCAAAGGUGACAAAGAUGUUUGGUGUCGUCUCAAUGAGAGCUGCCUUUUACCGGCAAACUCUACUGCUUUAGACGACAUGAUCAUAGACUGGUUCAAGAUGUCGCCAGAGGAGAUUUUUGUUCAUUCAUACUCCAACAAUCAGGACAAUCCGGAACUCCAGGACAAACAGUUUAAGAACAGGACUUCACUGUUCAAGGAGCACAUUAAAGAUGGGAAUUUUACUCUCUUGUUGAAGAACGUGGUUGUUGCUGAUGAGGGAAGGUACAAGUUGCACGUAAAAAACAAAAGUAGUAAUCAUAUGUCAUUCAUCAAGCUCCAUGUAGAAGCUGCGGUCACCACAAUCAACAUCCAGCAAGAUGGCAACAAUCUGACGUGCAGCUCAAGCGGAAUCUACCCCAAGCCUCAACUCACCUGGUCCACCGAGCCUUUGCUUCCUCACGCCCUCCAGAACGCCACGAAAGUGGACAACGGCACAGGGGAGACACUUUACAGCAUCAGCGGCUGGCUGGUCGUGGCGGGGGACAACACUUCUCAGGUGGACUACAUCUGCGACGUUAGAAGCCACAGCAGCAGGAGGCUCACCUGGAAGAACGGAUCGUCUGUCAGCGUUUCUGGAUCAGAGACCGUCAUCAACUGUCCCUUCUUGACUGGUAAAAGGAGCGUCGUCUGGACGUUCAACAAUCGUACCAUCGUGAAGAUGAGCAACGGUGCUAAAAACAUCAAUGAGGAGUGGAAAGAGCAGGUGAAGGACGUGUCCACUUCAGGCAGCCUCAGUCUGCACAGUCUGUCCAAUAAUCAUGAGGGAAGGUACACGUGCCAAGUGGACAACGCCACGGAAACACACAUGAUCAACUUCUUCUUGAGGAUGGCGGGCGGUAAGUUCAUACUGGAAGAUAAAUGCUAAUACCAUCAUAGGAUAUCAUAGCAGUCCACAGAUGCUCCCUAGUGGCUGAGGAUGGCAUCUUCUGAUCCCAUCUGACUUUUAUACACAAUACCAAAUCCACGUACCUAUCUUUAGUUAUUACAGUUAAUAACAACAACCAUCUAUUGGUCAGUUAGCUCGAUAGACUAAUGAUUAACCUGCUAAUUGUGUUGCAGGCUGUUCAGGUGUUGUGCAUAUUGUGGUCAGGGUGCUGGCAAUGCUUGUCGUGCUGGCAGGAAUCUUCUGACCUUAUGUGGCACUUACAUGUCAGCUGCUUCACACCUAGGAAACAUAUCAUAGUCAUGUGUGUCCUGUUUGUUUGUCGCAUGCAGUGAGUCAAAGCAGGUCGGAUAGGUCAUCAUUCCGAUGGAUACUGCCCGUGGUG